GGGCUCACGCACCCGCGCAGGCGCGCUCCGCGCACGCGCAGUCCGCCCCGGCCGCCGCCUAGCCCAUGGCGUCCGAGCGGCUCUCGAGCAGGCCCGGCUGCCUGCUGGUGGCCAGCGGCGCCGCCGAGGGUGUGUCGGCCCAGUCCUUCCUCCACUGCUUCACGCUGGCCAGCGCUGCCUUCAACCUGCAGGUGGCCACCCCUGGGGGGAAAACCAUGGACUUUGUGGACGUGAACGAGAGCAACGCGCGGUGGGUGCAGGACUUUCGCCUCAAGGCCUAUGCCAGCCCCGCCAAGCUCGAGUCCAUUGACGGUGCCCGGUACCAUGCGCUCCUGAUUCCCAGCUGUCCUGGCGCCCUGUCUGACCUGGCCAGCAGUGGGUCCCUGGCCCGCAUCCUGCAGCACUUCCGCUCUGAGAGCAAGCCCAUCUGUGCCAUUGGCCACGGCGUCGCUGCCCUCUGCUGUGCCACCAACGAGGACAGGUCCUGGGUGUUCCAAGGCUACAGUGUGACAGGGCCAGUGAGCCUGAUGCCAUACACGUCGUGCUGGACCGCCACCUUGUCACCGGCCAGAACGCCAGUUCUACUGUUGCGGCCAUGCAGAACCUGCUCUUUCUCUGCGGCAGCCGGUGAGAGGCGGCAGGCGGGGCCUGGCUCGUACAGGCCCUUCUGCUGGGCCAUGUUGGCAGCGAUGCCCUGGUGCUGGUGCCUGAGCUUUGACCCAGCGCCUGUCCUGCAGGAAGUGAGGUGGUUUCCUGCUGAGCCAGCCCACCUGCCAAUGCCACCUCCAGACGGCCCAGGUGUUCCCCAGAGGUAGCUGGACUCGUCAGGUCUCCAGGGACCCCGCCUCUGUGACAGCCUCUGAGAAUGGCUCUCAGAUCUCCUGACCUGGCUUGGUCGGAUUGUUGGAGGGCACCAAGGAUCAGCCCUGAGGAGCGUAGGCUCUGGGGGAGGGCCGGCUCCCAGCCCCCGCACGUCCUCCUGGGGAGGAGGUGGAGAGUGCUGAGGUGCUGGCCCUGGGCGGUCAUGAAGAAUUCCAGGUUGAAUGUUCCACGGAGAGGUGGUGUCGAGUGAGUUGGCUCUGGAGAGUCCUGGGUGAGGUCUUGGCCCGUCUGGUCUUCCUGGGGCCGGCACUGGAUGGCUGUGUCUUUCCUCUCUGCCUGUCCCUGUCCCCCCAGGUGGAGCAGAGGCUGACCCUCCCCAGGAGCCAGGAUAACGUGCCAGCUGGACCUGCGCCCCAGGAGCUUGCUUCUGGGUGGUGAGGGUCGUGCCUAGGUCUGUGUGCUGCCCCCGACCCCUCUGGGCAUUGGUGGGGGCCAUGUGGGGAGGGGCCAGCUGACUGGAGCUUGCUCAGCACUUUAACUCGCCUAAGAUGAAAGGGGGUCUUCUGGUGGCCACCAGCUCCUGGUCCUGAAACUGGCUGGUGCUGAAGGAUCUGUCUGAAUUUUAACCUUGCCUGGUACACGGUUUCAAAACAGGAUGGCGACCCCCUGUGAGGCCAGGAUGGCCCUCAGGGUGGACGCACUGUUACUGCAGCCUUUCUGACGUUGAGAGAAAGACAUUUAACUGAUUACAACACCAUGGGCUUCUUAAGACCGCGCUGCUCACCCAGGCCCUACCCAAGUGGCCUGAGGACACGGUGGCCAUGCCCAGUUGCGCAGCUGCUCUGCAGGUUUCAGGGUGGAAGUGACAGAAGCAUAAGCUCCACUUGGAAGGAGGCCCCGCGGGUGGCCUCCUCGGGUCAGCCAGGGUGGCAGUCAGUCCUCAUCUCUCAGGCCCUGGCCAGGCCUUUGCUGGGGAUGCCAGGCAGCUGUCCAGCCGGCUCCCUCCCAGUGCAGCCUGGUCACCCCGCAGCCUCCCCGGGUGCCUGGCCUGGGCAGAGACCCUGGGAUGAGGCCUCCAGGAGCCACUCGGGCCCCCUUGUGUGUUCCCACCUUCCCAUUCCCCUCCUCACUGGCUUUGCCACAUUCUGCCCCUCCAAGUCCCAAGCCACUUCCUUCCUGCUCUGUAGACCACACUGAGAUGCCCCAACAUGUGCCCUCCUGUCGGCAUUUCCCGGGAAGAUGAUGUUGGGAGCCCCUGACACCUUGUCGUGCCCUGCACACUGUGGGUCUGGCUAGCCACCCGCGGGGCCUCGGUCAGCCCCCGUGUCAGCAGUUAUCACCCUGUGGUGAUGGAUGUUUCUGGACAAAAGGGUGUUUUAAAUACGUUGCCUUAGGGUCAUUAUUUGUGUCAUCUACGAAGAGCUAGUAACACUUGCUGAGGGCUUCUGGUCUGUGCUUCUCAGCCUUCCAGACUAAGGCGCAGAGUGGGUCUGCGGAGGGCCCCGCCAGCCCUGUUCCAUGGGUGCCUGCUGCGGCUCAGUCCUGGGUCCGCCAGGUCCAGGGCACGGGGCACAGGGCUGGGGCUGCCCACGAGGCUGGGAGGAGGAGGAGAACGAAAACCCCAGAAGGUGGCAGGGGUGGGUGCAGGUGCCCUCUGGGAUUUCCCCACGCGCCUAGCAUGUUUAAAACAGAGUCUGACAUCUACCCAAGAGAAAUAAAAACUUACAACCCCACAAAAAUGGUGC